AUGAGGCGACAUGGCAGGACCGGCGGAGGUUCAACCAAAGCUGUGACACCCGUCUCCGACACUGUAUCGUUAAUCCAUUCAUUCGAUUCAAUUACGAACCCCAAUCGCCCGGUGCGCCCAUCUCCAUUGGCUUCGUCUAAUAUUCAAGCUCUGCCUUUGGACCUCGUCGACCGACUGCGCUCGUUUCCUCUCUUUCAAUCAACGCCUGAAUCGUUUCUCGUCGAGGUCGGACAACACUUGCGCCCGCAGCUGUGCGCUCCGAAUGACUAUAUUCUGACAGAAGGCGAUGAGGCAAAGGCGAUAUACUGGCUGGUACGAGGCGCGGUGUCAGUUACUUCUAGAGAUGGGGAGAGUAUAUAUGCGGAGCUUGAGCCGGGCGCCUUUUUUGGUGAAAUAGGUGUAUUGAUGGAUCGGCCACGUACCGCUACCAUUAUCGCCCGUUCGAGAUGCUUGUUGGUCGUUUUGACCAAGGAGGACUUCCGGAGAAUCCUCCCUCGUUUUCAGGAAGUAGAGCGGGCCAUCAGGGACGAGGCCCAGGAGCGGUUAAUGAUACUCGAGAAGAAGAAGAAGGAGACUUCGGUACCUUCUGCCGACCUCAUAGAUGCAGGUCGGAGAGGGUCCAAAAGAUUACGAGAGACUUUUUCCCGUGAUCUCUCGCUCAGUGAACAGAACGGUGCAAGCCUAAAGUUCGUCAAUAAGAAACGCAAAUCCCCAAGCCCGGGACUAGCUGAUGGAACCUCAAGUGCUCUGGCAAAUGGGCUCGUGAAUGUACGUCUUUUGCUCAAGGAGCUGCCGCUCUUUGCGAGUCUUCCGCCGGAUAUCCUCCACUUUUUGGGUCUCAAUGCGCAACCUCGAUCAUUUCCACCCUUCACCGAUAUCAUCAAACAGGAUUCGCAGGGACGCGAAGUUUAUUUCAUCGUUCGUGGCGAUGUGGAAGUCCUGAGUGAGAAGAAGGACUCCCGGAACGGGGGGCGACCCCUACCCAGUACCAUUGAAUAUCCUGGCUUCGAAGUGAAGGCCCGCUUGAAACAGGGCCAGUAUUUCGGGGAGGUGGUGAGCCUCUCUCUAGCACCUCGGCGGACUGCCACUGUGCGCUCAAUCAAUGCCGUCGAAUGUCUCAUGAUAAGCGGUGAGGUUUUAGCUGAACUGUGGGAUAAAUGCCCGCAAGAUGUCCGCGAACAGGUUGAACGGACCGCGAAAGACAGACUCAAGUCUGCAUCAGAUGGCGAUGUUGUCAUGGCCGAGGCAGGAGAGACUGAUGGAUCCAAUCCUGCUGAUGAGAGCUUCAAGAUCAGGUCUGCUCGUAGGCAAUCUAUGCCGCUCCUAACACUCACAGAGACCGAGCUGGACAGUACUCAGAGGACAUUAAACGGCAUAGAUGAUCACACCGUAUUACGACCAUCAGAUCCAGACCCUUUUCUCAACGUGGGCUUAGAUAAUGUUCGGCUUCGUAGUCGACGGGGUUCUGUCGCUCCGUUGACCCCGGAAGAGGUCACUCGAGAUCAACAACGUCCAUCCCCUACCGAACCAUUGUCAAGCAGUUCAUCGUUUCGUACCCUCCCAGGGACUCCAACCACACCAGUGCAAAAGACACGACGCGAACCCAGCAAUGACAACCGCGGGAUCUUUCCGGACAGUGUACUCGUGCGGAUCUUCCAGUAUCUUGAACUGCAUGAUCUUCUUCGUCUACGAGUAGUGUCUCUUUACUGGUCUGAGAUACUUAACUCAUCUCCACUCUUGCUUCACUACUUGGAUUUGAGCGUCUAUAAUCGCUGCCUCACCGACGACGUAUUGGCAAAAGUCGUGUGCCCUUUCAUCGGCAAUAGACCACGCUACGUUGAUAUCAGCAACUGCUUUCACAUUACAGACGAAGGCUUCAAUAAUCUGGUGAAUGCCUGUGGAUCUAACGUCGUGGCUUGGAAGAUGAAGAGUGUUUGGGACGUGACUGCGUCCGCUAUCCUGGAGAUGGCUCUCCGAGCGAACGGCCUGCAAGAGGUGGAUCUAAGUAAUUGCCGAAAAGUCAGCGACACGCUUUUGGCUCGAAUCCUCGGAUGGGCCACUCCAGGCCCGUACAAACCCCCAGAAGAGCCGGCGAAGUCCGGCAAGCCUGUUCUCAAACCCACAUUUCUGACAUCCACGGGGGCGGCGGUCUUUGGGUGCCCAGAACUAAAGAAGUUGACUCUGUCUUACUGCAAGCAUGUAACUGACAGGUCUAUGCAUCACAUUGCAUCUCAUGCUGCUCCGAGGAUUGAAGAAAUGGAUCUGACACGGUGCACAACAAUCACUGACCACGGGUUCCAAUUCUGGGGAAACGCUCAAUUUACUAAUCUUCGCAAGCUCUGUCUGGCGGAUUGCACAUACUUGACUGAUAAUGCAAUUGUAUAUCUUACCAAUGCUGCAAAGCAAUUGCAGGAGUUGGACCUGUCAUUCUGCUGCGCUUUGUCAGACACGGCAACGGAGGUCCUUGCCCUGCAAUGUUCUCAAUUGAGAUAUCUCAACAUGUCAUUCUGUGGCUCCGCCAUAUCUGAUCCGUCACUACGUAGCAUUGGACUACAUCUUCUGCACCUGAACCGGCUCUCAGUGCGCGGUUGCGUUCGCGUGACUGGGGCUGGAGUGGAAUCGGUAGCGGAUGGCUGUACGCAGUUGAAAGCUUUCGAUGUCAGCCAGUGUAAAAACCUAUCUCCCUGGCUUGAAGGAGGCGGAAUCCAGAAGUACAAGGAUAAAAUAUUUUUCGACACCGUUGCCGUGAACGGAAGGCUUUACCGAUAG